AUGGAAGUGGCGCCAGAGCAGCCGCGCUGGAUGGCUCACCCCGCGGUGCUGAAUGCGCAGCACCCCGACUCGCACCAUCCGGGCUUGGCACAUAACUACAUGGAGCCCGCGCAGCUGCUGCCUCCCGACGAGGUGGACGUCUUCUUCAACCACCUCGACUCGCAAGGCAACCCCUACUACGCCAACCCGGCCCACGCGCGGGCACGCGUCUCCUACAGCCCCGCACACGCUCGCCUGACAGGGGGCCAGAUGUGCCGGCCACACUUGUUGCACAGUCCGGGGUUGCCCUGGCUGGAUGGGGGCAAAGCGGCCCUCUCGGCCGCAGCAGCGCACCACCACAACCCCUGGACCGUGAGCCCUUUCUCCAAGACCCCACUGCACCCUUCUGCCGCUGGAGGCCCCGGAGGCCCACUCUCCGUGUACCCAGGGGCCGGCGGUGGGAGUGGGGCAGGCAGCGGGAGCUCAGUGGCUUCCCUCACGCCGACUGCAGCCCACUCGGGCUCCCAUCUCUUCGGCUUCCCUCCCACCCCGCCCAAAGAAGUUUCUCCUGACCCCAACAACACAGGGGCUGCCUCCCCAGCCUCGUCCUCGGCUGGGGGCAGUGCAGCCAGGGGGGAGGACAAGGACAUCGUCAAGUACCAGGUGUCCCUAGCGGACAGCAUGAAGAUGGAGAGCAGCAGCCCUCUGCGCCCAGGCCUGGCAGCCAUGGGCACCCAGCCUGCCACGCACCACCCCAUCCCCACCUAUCCCUCCUAUGUGCCAGCCACUGCCCAUGACUAUGGCAGCGGACUCUUCCACCCUGGAGGCUUCCUGGGUGGCCCCGCAUCCAGCUUCACUCCAAAGCAGCGCAGCAAGGCACGCUCCUGCUCAGAAGGUCGGGAGUGUGUCAACUGCGGGGCCACAGCCACCCCUCUCUGGAGACGAGAUGGCACCGGUCACUACCUGUGCAACGCUUGCGGGCUCUACCACAAGAUGAACGGACAGAACCGGCCACUCAUCAAACCCAAGCGGAGACUGUCAGCUGCCAGGAGAGCAGGCACCUGUUGUGCGAAUUGUCAGACCACCACCACCACCUUAUGGCGCCGGAACGCCAACGGGGACCCGGUCUGCAACGCCUGUGGCCUCUACUACAAGCUGCACAACGUGAACAGGCCGCUGACCAUGAAGAAGGAAGGCAUUCAGACUCGGAACCGGAAGAUGUCCAACAAGUCCAAGAAGAGCAAGAAGGGGCCCGAGUGCUUCGAGGAGCUGUCGAAGUGUAUGCAGGAGAAGUCGUCCCCCUUCAGUGCCGCUGCCCUGGCUGGACACAUGACGCCUGUGGGGCACCUCCCACCCUUCAGCCACUCGGGACACAUUUUGCCCACGCCGACGCCCAUCCAUCCCUCCUCCAGCCUCUCCUUUGGCCAUCCCCACCCUUCCAGCAUGGUGACCGCCAUGGGCUAAGGACAGCUUUCUGCUGAUUAGGAGACCAUGUAGAGUAGGGAGCAGGCAGGACAAGACUGGGCUCCCAGGAUGGGUGACAACCCCUUGGCCGUCCACUCCUCCCCAGAGACUGAUGCGACUCCUACUGGCCCAGCGGGGCCCAAGGACUCCACCCAUCUGUCGAAAUUACUGUGAAUUCCACCGGUUGGGGUGCCUCGGCCCCCCCCCCAGCCCCCCCACCUCCCCGCCGCCCAGGUGAGAUGACCUUCACCAACAGCUAUUCAGAGAGCAAAAACGGACAACUUUAUGAAGCGCAAAGAAGGGGCAGGGGACCAACGAGAGGAAACGCUUCGAGCAGGAUCAAGGAGUCAGCAACAAUAAUUUAUGUUGCUCUCGUUUGUAACGAGGACCACGGGCCUCGGAGGUCCAGGUCGUUCCAAAUCCGCCUGGCCAAGCAGCCCUCCUCGUGCCAAACGCCCUCUGCUGUUUGCUGGCCAGGUCUUUGGGGGCAGAUCUGGGGUGUACGCUGUGCACCUCUGACACCCCCCUUGUGAGGUAGCUGGACUCCAGGCUGGCUGGGCCCAGGCCAGAAGGACCCACGGUUGGGAGGGUGAGCUUGUGUGGGCCAAGCCGCUGGCGCUGGAGGGCAGGCCCCGGUGGGAGAGACAAUCACAGGCGGCCCUGUACGGAUUCCCAGGCCAGGGUUGGGUCAGAGGAAGGAAACGACGUUUUCUUGAAAGGGGAAACGUCUCCUAGAUUGCUCCCCUGCCUUUAAGACCGAAGCUGGUGUGGUCCGGGCCCCCUUAAUUAAUGGGCUGGAGCCACAGCCCGCCUUCUCGAUUGGGGAGAUGGCCCUCCUGUACAUAGGACCCUUUUCUGCUAACCCUCCCCAGUUCCUCCCCUCCCACUCUGAGACAAAAGGAAAAAAAAUGUUAAAAAAACAAACUGCAUAAGCUUAUCUCGCUGAUGAGUUAUUUUAUUUUUAAACUUUUUGGAUCCAGUCGAUUGUACGUUACCACAGAAGUCAUGCUAUGGAAAAGAAAUAAAAUCUACAAAUCUAGGUUGUAGCUUCACAAUUAUUUUUGGAGGAUUUCUUGGAUCCCAUAGCCCUGGAGCUGGAGGCCUUGGGAGAGGGUAUGACGACUAUUGGCUUCGGGGGCGGGGGUGUGAGGUGUUUGUUUGGUUUUCUAGUCUGACAGCUGGCAAAUACACAGGUGGGAGGGGCACAGCUCUGGUGGUGGGGUGGUUGUGGCCCUAUUUGGGGGCACGGGAGAUGCUGGGCCUGUGGCUAUCUGGAUCCUUACCAAGGUACAGCUGUGCAUAAAUGUGUACCGAGCUUAGAUUCCAAAUGCAGUGGUGGUGGGGGGCCCAGGAAGAGGGUUGUGCUGAUGUAAUGGACCAAGUGCAAUAUGGGCAGGUGAUCCCCACAGGUGCACCACGGCGAGAAGUAACUUAUUUUGUACUUGUAUCCGUAUAAGAAAAAGAAUCGGCAGUAUUUUCUGUUUUCUUUGGCUUGUCUUAUUUUGGAUUAGUGAACUAAGUUAUUGUUAAUUAUGUACAACAUUUAUAUAUUGUCUGUAAAAAAAAAUGUAUGCUAUCCUCCUAUUCCUUCAAAGUGAAUACUGUUAAGAAUAAUAAAAUACUUUUUGUGAA